UAUUUUAAUAUUUAAAAUGUGACUAUUCAGUAAUUUUUAUUAUAAUGAUACCUAAAAUAAUUUCAUAUUAAUAACAAUUGAUACAAUAGUUAAUUUACUUUAAUAAAAUAAAAUAAAUUGUACUUAAUAUAAUAAAAUGUAUAUUAGAAAAUUAUUGACAAAACAUACUUUACAAGUUAUAAAUCAUCUUAAACUUUCAAGAAAUAAGAGCACAAACGCUUUUGAUAAACAUAAAUGGAAAAGUGUUGUUGGAUUGGAAAUACAUGCUCAAAUAUCAAGUGAAUCAAAGUUGUUUAGCGCAGCUGGUACUAAAUUUGAUGCAGUGGUAAAUUCUCAAGUGGCAUUAUUUGAUGCUGCAAUUCCAGGAACACUACCUAGGAUUAAUGAAAAGUGUGUUGAGGCAGCCAUAUUAACUGCAUUAGUAUUAGGAUGUAAUCUAAAUACAGAAUCAUCAUUUGAUCGUAAACACUACUUUUAUGCUGAUAUGCCGGCAGGUUACCAAAUAACUCAACAGUUUCAUCCAUUAGCAGAAAAAGGACAAAUUACUUUUCAUGUUAUAGAUCAAAAUAUAAAGAACCUCCCCUACAGUAAAACUUCUUUAAUUAAACAAAUACAGUUAGAACAAGACAGCGGACGCACAAUUUAUGAUGAUUUUUCUAAAAAUUCACUUAUAGAUUUAAAUCGUGCUGGAACUGGGUUGAUGGAGCUUGUAUUUGAACCUGAUUUGUGCAAUGGUCUCGAAGCUUCAGCCUUAGUCAAAGAAUUAUUAUUAAUAUUUGAACGUAUAAAAACAUGUUCUGGUCGAAUGGAAGAGGGUGCUUUAAGAGUUGAUGCAAAUGUUUCAAUCACUGAUAGUGAUAAAUUAGGCACACGGACUGAAAUAAAAAAUUUGGGAAGUAUACGAGCAGUACAAUUAGCUGUUGAUUAUGAAAUUUUUCGUCAAUUAAACCUAAUAAAAGAAGGAAAAGAAGUAGUGAACGAAACUAGAGGAUGGGAUUCUAUAACUAACAAAACUAUAUCAAUGAGGGACAAAGAAGUUUUACAAGAUUAUCGAUUUAUGCCAGAACCUAAUUUAUUGCCACUUAAUUUAAAUAAGUUUGAUAUUAAAAAAUUACAAACAAAUAUACCUGAAUUACCAACUGUAACUCGUAACAAUAUAAUGAGUAAAUAUGGCUUCAAUAUAAGGAAAACUACUACUUUAAUGAAUGAACCUGUUUUAUUAUCAAUGUUUUUCGAUAUAAUGAAUAAUGAUUCAUUAAGAAACCCAUCAAGAGUUUGGAAUGUAUUGACUAUUGAAUUUUUGACAGAAUUAAAUAAAAGAUCUAUCGAACCUAAGCAAAGUGAAAUUCCAUCUUCUGUCAUUGGUGAAGUUGUAGAUUUACUAGAUAAUAAUACUGUAAACUUGGUUCACGCAAGAAAGGUUAUCGCUAAAAUAUUUGAUGAAAAAAAUAAAUCUCCAUCUCAAAUUGUAAUAGAAAAUAAUUGGGAACAAAUUUCCAAUAUAGAAGAAAUAGAAAAAUUGUGUAAAGAAGUUAUGCUUGAGUAUCCAAAGGCUGUUAAAGAUUAUCGUAGAGGAAAAUUACAAGCCAUAAAAUUUUUAAUAAGUCAUAUUGCAAAAAAAACUAAUGAGCGUGCAAAUUUAGCUCUUGCUUCAAAAAAAUUAGAAGAAUUUUUAAAAAACGAUUAAAUUGUUUUUGAUAUAUUAUUAUUGUUUUAUAUACAUAUAUUAAAUAAAUUUAAUAUAUUUUUUUAAUAGUUUA